AUGAGCAGCCAGCAGACUGGCCUCAUUACCAUCCGCACGGACGACAUGGAGACAGCAGGCGAGAUGGUGCAGGACCUCUGCAGCUUCUUGCAAGUGUCCGAACUUGAGUCCUCUGCCAACUUCCCAUCCGAGAUGGAAAAGUUCCAGCAAGUGCUCACGCGAGUCGACGAGUACAACGCUGUGCGCAUGAAGCUGACUGCUGAAAUGGCAGACAGCGCAAACUUGGUGAAGGCCCUCAUCGUAAAGGCAGAGGACUACAGGAUGCUGUCGGACAUGCAACAUCUGAAAAAGGUGUUUUCUGGCUUGCAGCAGACUAACAGCGACCUCAUCGCUGAGUACAAUAAGCGUGCCAACAAUCACCAGCAGCUCUUAUCGCAGCUGAAGGAAGUCAACAUGAUGAUCCAGAAAGCUGCAAAGCUCCGAAUGGGUAACGCCAAGGGCCGCGUUGUGGCUGCCUGCCGACAAGCCAUCAAGCAGAACAACAUCAUGGGACUCUUCCAGAUAAUUCGGACGGGCCAUGAUGCGUCUGGCUGA